CCCACCUCAUCCGACACUUCGCACUGCAUUUCAUUUUCUCACCACUUUAACACUUUCAAGACUCCCUAAAGAAACGACCAUGCUCCUAAACGCCACAACUGCAAUCUCAACCCCCAAAGUCCUGCUAGUGCCGUACUCAAAAUGGCACGUCCCGCGGUAUCACGAGUGGAUGAAAGACGAGGAAAUCCAACAAGCAACGGCUUCAGAGCCACUAAGUCUAGACGAGGAAUAUGCCAUGCAGCAGUCGUGGCGGAAUGAUGCGGAUAAACUCACUUUUAUCAUGUGUCGUCCUGCCGGAGGGAACAACAGCACCGCCACUACUACUAGUGGUAACCAGGGUGAACAGGGAUCAAGCCUAACAGACGAGGAUGAUGGUUCCGCGCGCAUGAUCGGGGACAUCAACCUCUUCCUGAGAGUCGACGAUGGGGACGAGGGCGUUGAAACGCCCAAAAUCAUUGGCGAGAUUGAGCUGAUGGUUGCUGAGAAGAAGGACCAAGGGAGAGGGUUUGGGAGGGCUGCGUUGCUGGCAUUUUUGAGGUAUGUGCUUGAACGGGAGGGGGAGGUGGUGGGGGAGUUUGUGAGGGGGGAUGAGGGGGCACGUAAAGCGUUGGGCGAUGUGAGGGAGAUGAAGUUUGUCGCGUUGAGUGUUAAGAUUGGGCAAGGGAAUGAGCGGAGUUUGAAGCUUUUUGAGAGUCUGGGGUUUAAAAGGGUUGGCGAGGAGCCGAAUUAUUUUGGGGAGUGGGAGUUGAGGAGGACAGAAUUGAGGAGCGAGGAGGUUGAUGGGUAUAGGGAGGUGGACUAUACUAGAACUGCAUAGAUUUGAUUUAUAUAGAACUACCACAACUGCACGAAUGACACGAAUUUUCUCCACCGAGGCAUA